CUCUUUUCUCUUCUCCGCCAUCCUAUGUGCGGUUGAGUUCUGUCCGCACCAUGUCUUCUCACAAGACUUUCAGGAUCAAGCGAUUCCUGGCCAAGAAGCAAAAGCAGAAUCGUCCCAUUUCUCAAUGGAUUCGAAUGAAAACUGGCAAUAAAAUUAGGUACAACUCCAAGAGAAGACAUUGGAGAAGAACCAAGCUGGGUCUAUAAGAAGCCUCACAUAACAAGUGGCACACAUGUU